GCAGUAACGGAGAAUGACACUUUUGCGUUCGGCUCUGGUACCAAGCCGUACACGGCAGUUCUCGUCCUGAAGCUGGUCGCAGAGGGCAAAGUCGAGCUGGACAAGCCUGCAGCCACUUACGUGGACGGUGUCCUUCAGCGCUUGAACGGCACCUCCAUGGUGGGACUGUUUGGGCAGCAAGCGUUACACGUCACUGUCGGUCAUCUCCUGCGCAUGCAAAGUGGCCUCAACGAUUUUGACGUGCCCGACUUUGACAAGGCACUUCUGCAGCAUGGCGACACGCUGCACAGCCCCAUGGAGUUCCUGCAUGGGGCAGCCAAGCAAAGCCCAGUCUUUCUUUGCGACCCGGGUGCCUGCACAAGCUAUACCAGCACCAACUACAUCCUGGCCGGCUUUGUGGCCUUGGGAGCUAGCGGAGGGACGGACUGGUCAGCUCUGGACCAGAACCAGAUCUUCCCCAAGUCAGCAGGUGAGAAGUACCGGCAGUGUACGUUCGCAGACAAGGGCCAGCUCAACAAUAGCCUGACCAUUGCAGGUGCCUCUGGCGGGUUCUUCCGCCACACCCGCGUGAGCUCCCAGGAUGCCUCCAUCCUCGGCUGGACUUGCGGUAACCUGAUCUCCCCCGCCUCGGCUGCAGCGGAAUUCUUCUACGACCUGCUCGUGGCCAAGCAGAUCAUUCCUGCAAAAAUGGUGGAUGCCAUGCAGGACUGGCGGCCUUUGAACGUUGGAUGGGCCAAGGGUCAGAUCCAGUAUGGCACUGGUCUGAUGAUACAGCAGACCAGUUGGAAUGCAACCUACCCGCCAGUCUUGGGCAGCUGGGGGUCUUAUGUGGGCCACGGAGGAGACACUUAUGGCUUCCUGUCAGAGAGCGGCGUCCUCCCUCAGUUUAAUGCAUCCUUUUCUGCCAUCGCGAACCAGGACUACAUGGGCACCUUCGUGAAGAAUCUCCUCGUGUGCAGCAUCAUCGAAGUGGCAGCCAAGGUGAUCCUGGAUGAGGAGAUCUACUUGAAGUGUGGCAUUCAGCCCUUCCCAACUGAGGUGGUUGUGUAG